UUGAGUUUGACAGUUGUGCGAACAUGUGCGUUUCAAAAUAGUAUGAAAAUUGAUUCAAUUGAUUGAAAAAGUCAACAAAAAGAACUUUUGGACUAAAAGUCAAUAAGACAGUGCAUCAAGUGUUGCGGAUAAAAAUGAGCGCAGAAAAUGUUUACACGUCAAUUGCUUGUAAUCGAACUCCCCAAUCAGCUGACUGGGGUGAAAAUGGUCAAGUAAUUUUUGCCGCUUGUAAUUCCGUUGCUGUGUUCGAGCCCAAUUCCAAUGGUUCCGUGAAAAUACAGAAAACAUUUGUUGAGCAUACGGCCAAAGUGAAUACGGUCAAAUGGAUCUCGAAUCAUGAAUUUCUGUCGGGCGCCUAUGACAAAUUUUGUAUUUUAUGGAAUAUUAAGGAUCAAAAUGCGCCAAAAAUUUGGAAAUUGAUCGGUCAUGAAGAUGGCGUAACAUUCGUGGAUGCAAUUCGUGUCAACGAUCAAUGGUUGAUUGCAACCACCUCACUCGAUUCAACCAUAAAGUUCUGGUCAUUUUCCAUUGAAAAUGAUGCAUACGAAGUUUUCUACACAAUAAAAUUGGGCAGCGGUUUUUGUUUUGCAUUAAAAUUUGCCAUUUUACCAAAUUCAAAAGAUAAAGUUUUGUUGGCAUAUUCAACGGAUAAUCAUAACAUUCAUUUGACAUGCGAACAAAUUGUCGAUGGUAAACGGGAAUUUGUUAAGGUUGAUACAUUAGUCGGACAUGAGAAUUGGGUGCGUGGCUUAGAUAUUGUCAAAUUGAAUAAUACGGAAUUAUUGUUGGCAUCAUCGUCACAAGACACAUUCAUUCGGCUGUGGCGCAUUUCUGCUCGUCAAACCAUCGAACCAAUUCAAAUCAGAAAAAAAGCAAACAUUUUUGCAACAAACGAAGACAUUCAAAUCGAAGAGAAAAUCUUUACGGUAAAAACAAGCGGUGGUAAAUCAUUGAGCUAUGCCGUAACAUUGGAAUCGGUAUUGCUGGGUCAUGAUAAUUGGGUUUAUAGUGUACAUUGGUCAAAAACAUUCGAUAAUCGUUUACAAUUACUGUCCAGUUCAAUUGAUAAAACAUUGAUCAUAUGGGCGAUGCAAGAGGACGGUGUAUGGAUGGAAAAAGUACGAGUUGGUGAAGUUGGUGGUAAUACACUUGGAUUUUAUGGUGGGAAAUUUUCACCGGAUGCAAAGUCAAUUAUUGGCCAUGGAUAUCAGGGUAGCUUUCAUAUUUGGCAUCAAAGCGAAAAUGAGAAUAUUUGGAUACCGGGCAUUAAUGUUGGCGGACACUUUUCCGAAGUGCGUGAUUUAUGCUGGAAUCCAACGGGUGAAUUUCUUCUAACCGUGUCCGCUGAUCAAACGACCAGAUGCCAUGCACCAUGGAAACGAGCAGACACCACUGACAAUUUGACGACAUGGCACGAAAUCGCACGGCCCCAAGUGCACGGAUAUGAUAUGCAGGCAAUUUGUUUAUUGGAACGUUUUAAAUUUGCCAGCGGCGCUGAAGAGAAAAUCGUUCGAACCUUUCAAGCACCCGUCAACUUCAUUGAGAAUUUAAAGAGACUAUGUAACAUUGAAAGUUCCGAACUAGAUGAAAUUAUUGAAUCAACGCCAAAAGGAGCAUCGGUACCAUCUUUAGGUCUAUCAAACAAAGCGGUUUUCGACGAAUCAAUACCAGUCGCUGCUGACGAACGUCAUAUCAAAGAUCAGUAUCCAGAUAAUUAUUUUGUUCCGAUUUCGAUGACCUCUCCACCAACCGAAGAGACUCUAAUGCAAAACACUCUAUGGCCCGAAGUGCAAAAAUUGUACGGACAUGGUUAUGAGAUCUUUGCAUUGAGUGCAACAAGUGAUGGUAAAAUAUUGGCAUCGAGUUGUCGUGCAACAAAUGACGAACACGCACAAAUCAUUUUAUGGGAUACAUCGACAUGGAAACAAAUUCAGAAAUUGCCAUCACAUCAAUUGACUGUGACACAAUUGAAAUUUGCUCCAAACAAUAAAUGGUUGUUGUCCGUGAGUCGGGAUCGUCGAUGGACUCUAUUUGAAAAUGAUACGGCGACUGAUGCCCUUUGUAAUUUUAAAUUAAUCGCAACGACGGAUAAAAAGAAUGGUAUUCAUAGUCGUAUCAUUUGGACAUGUGACUGGACACAUGAUAGUAAACAUUUUGCGACUGGUUCGCGAGACGGAAAAGUGGUGGCCUGGCAACAAAAUGACAAUGAUUCUGGAUGUAGUUUGAAAAAUUAUGGUGCAUUGUCUACAUUGGAAUUGGCAAAAAAUGAGUCAGUCACAGCAAUUGCUUUUGCAUCAUGCUUUGCACCGAACAACUGUGAUUAUGUGGCAGCCAUUGGAUUGGAAAGUGGUUCCAUUCAUAUUUGCACGCUGAACACAAGUUGGACAAUCCUAUUUACAAUUGAUCAAGUUAAUGCACAUCAUUUGACCGUGAAACGAUUACAAUUUCGACCAUCGGCCAAUAAUCCUUAUCAAUUGGCUAGCUGUGGCUCCGACCAUCUCACCCGGAUCUAUCAAAUUAAGUUGAAUUGUUAAAUUUAAUAAUUGUGUCAAACACAUCCAGUUUUUUAUGGACAUAACUUAAAUUAUAUAAAUAAAGAAAAAAUACAAUUAGAAAA